AUGGCUUCGUCUUCCCAAGACAUAAGUUAUUCAUCUCUAGCUCGUUAUGCUAAAACCCUAUCAAUCCCAAUGGAAGAGAUAGCAUCAGCCACCAACAACUUCGCUAUUGAAAAUCUUAUCUCACAAGAUACUUAUUCAAAGGUGUUCAAAGGAAAACUCUUGCAUCACGGAGAGCCGAUCAAUGUUGUAGUACAUGAAUGUCUACAAGUAAAUGGUGCAAUCAACGAGAUGUUAAUGUCCAAAAUACUAGAGCACAAAAAUAUCGUUUCUAUUUUUAAGGUAAAUGACACUCCAUAUGAAGCAUUUCACGUAACCAAGCAUCAGGCUAAUGAAAGUCUAGACAAACAUCUAAGUGGCUCAACCCUCACAUGGAUUCAAAGAUUGAAGAUAUGUGUUGGUGUUGCGCAUGCAUUGCAUUACAUUCAUUACGGUGCAGAAGUCAAUCAUAGUGUCAUACAUGGUAAUAUCAAGAGCUCCAAAAUAUUAUUAGAUCAUAACUGGGAACCCAAGUUAUGUGGUUUUGGAUUUGCUAUGAGAGCUAAAAGGAAUCAACUUCAUCUUACUAGUAAAUAUAGUGGCACAUUAGAGUAUAUGGAUCCAGCAUAUGAAAAGACGGGAGGUCUGACCACUAAGUCGGACGUGUUCUCCUUUGGAGUUGUUUUAUUUGAAGUCCUAUUCGGAAGAAAAGCAUCUGAUCAUAUUCAAGGCAACGACGAUAAUUGUAAUUUUAGUCGAUUGGCUAGAGUACAUUAUGAAGCCAGAACACUAGAUGAUAUGAUAGAUCCUGAUCUAUUGAAACAAAUGGAUUUGGAAUCAUUAAACGUUUUCUCAAAAACAGCAUAUUGGUGCUUGAAGGAGCUACGAGCACAACGUCCAAGUAUGGAUCAGAUUGUUAAAACACUUGAGAGAGCGUUGGAACUUCAACAAAAACAUGACAAAAUUCAUGAACAUUCAACAGCCGAAAUUGAAGCUACAAACUACGACCACUUGAAGGGGAAAAACUUGGAUCAUUUGAAAAUACAAUGGAACGAUAUAGAGUUUGCCACCAAUAAGUUUUCUGCUGAUCAGUGCAUUGGGUCAGGCGGAUAUGGUAUGGUAUAUAAAGCAAAACUUGAUCAUUUUGAUGGAAACAAUUCAUCGGCGAUUGAAAAAAAGAAUAAUGGUGAAUUUCCUAAGAAAAACAGCACUGUCGCUAUUAAACGCAUUUCUAGUAGACUAGAUGGGAAAGGAGAACAAGGGUUCUUUGCAGAAAUUGAAAUGCUUAGUAAUUGUAAGCAUCGAAAUAUUGUCUCACUUCUUGGAUUUUGCGUUGAGGGUCCUGAAAUGAUACUUGUCUAUGAAUUACCUCCACUCUAG